AUGUACAAAGAAUCUACACCGGUAAUAGAUCUCGUUUUCAAACCAGCUGAAAAUAAAUUUGCAGCUCUUGCAGGCCAUGAUGCCUUAUUACAGUUAAGUGGUUGUUUUAAUACCACCGCUACAGCUUUAAUGCGAUUGUCUAAUGAUUUUUGUCUGCUCAGCUCGGGACCAAACUGUGGCCUCAGUGAAUUUGUUUUACCGGCAAACGAACCUGGAUCAAGCAUUAUGCCAAGCAAGUUAAAUACUUUUCAAUUGUACACAACUUUCUUUGUGAUGUCUCUUUUGGCUGAUCGUUCAAUCACUACUCGAUUUCAUAUGAAUUGA